AUGUUUGGCGCAUUCAGAAGAUGCCCGACAACACUGUCGAAGAGCCUCUCUAGAGUCGCUGUUUCUUCGAGCGCCCUCCGCACUCCUCUCACACGCACAUCGGUCCCUCUGAGGACACCGUCCGCCCGCAUCGCCAAUGCCUCGAUCGCUGGAUUCCACAGCAGCGCAAAGUGGCAACAGGUCGCGCAGGAGGUCCAGGCAGAGGAGGCGAUCGCUGAGGACGGCCCAGCGACCACAUUCUCAGAGCUUGGUUCUCGCGGUCUUGUGCAUCCCAACCUCGUCAGAACCAUUACCAGGAGCAUGAAGAUCGAGAACAUGACGGAUGUCCAGCAGAGGACCAUCAAUGAGGCCCUCAGCGGCGUUGACAUCAUCGCGCAAGCAAAGACUGGUACUGGCAAGACCCUCGGUUUCCUCGUGCCUGUCAUCCAGCGCAUCAUCACACGCGAUCCCAAGCUCGGUGAGAAGACCCGCGGCUACAAGCGCGCCAAGGCCGACGACAUCAGGGCCAUUGUCAUUUCCCCUACCCGUGAGCUCGCCGAGCAGAUCGCCGUUGAGGCGAAGAAGAUCACCCAGGACACCGGCCUUAUCGUUCAGGCCGCCGUUGGAGGCACACAGAAGCGCAUGAUGCUGCAGAAGACUCAGCGCGAGGGCUGCCACAUCCUUGUUGCUACCCCCGGACGUCUUCUCGACAUCCUCUCGGACCCAUACUCCGGCGUCAAGGCGCCCAACCUGAAUGCCCUUGUCAUGGACGAGGCUGAUCGCCUGCUGGACGACGGUUUUACCAAGGAGAUUGACGAGGUCAGGAAGCAUCUCCCCGACCCCGAGGAGGUCGAGCGCCAGAACAUGAUGUUCUCUGCCACCGUUCCCCGCGAUGUCGUCGAGCUUGUCCGCCGCACACUCCGCCCCGGCUUCCACUUCGCCAAGUGCGUCGACGAGAACGAGGAGCCCACACACGCCCGUAUUCCUCAGAAGCAGGUCAUGCUUGCCGGUUUCGAGAACAUCAUGCCUUCGCUUUACGAGCUCGCUGUGAAGAGCGCAAAGGCGGCCUCGGCCGGCGAGGCUCGUCCAUUCAAGGCCAUUGUCUACUUCAACUCCACUGCUGAGGUCACUCUCGCCGCGUCCGUGUUUUACAAACUCAACGGCGGGUUCAAGUCGAAGUCUCCUAUCAGCAGCAUCCGCAACUUUGAGAUUCACGCCAAGCUCUCCCAGGGCCAGCGCACCCGCGCCGCGGACGACUUCCGUGCAUGCAAGUCCGGCAUCCUCUUCUCCUCUGAUGUCACAGCUCGUGGAAUGGACUUCCCGAACGUGAGCCACGUAAUCCAGAUCGGUCUCCCCCGCGACCGCGAAUCCUACAUUCACCGUCUCGGCCGCACUGGACGUGCCGGUAAGGAGGGAGAGGGCUGGAUCUUCCUGACACCUUUCGAGCGACAGGAGGUUAACCGCCGUCUCCGCGGUCUGCCUCUCACCGACGCUACGUCCUCGCUCGAUACUGCUACAAUCGACAUGAGCCAGCCCGCCGAGGUUCCCGAGGAGGCCGGUCAGAUCCUCAAAGAUGUCACACAGGCGCACCAGAAGGUCUACCCUGAUCAACUUGAGGGCGCUUUCCGUGGCCUGUUCGGUAGCUUCCAGUGGUAUGGCGACAAGCAAGGACUGCUCGAGGGUGCCAACCGCCUGGCAGAGUUUGGUUGGGGCAUGGAGUCACCUCCCCAACCCCCGGCUUCUCUGUUCGCUGGCGGCGGCGGACGCGGCCGUGGACGCUCCGGCGGCUAUGGCGGCGACCGCGGUGGUGACCGUGGCGGCUUCGGCCAACGCAGCGGCGGCUUUGGUGGACGUGACGGCGGUCGCUCUGGCGGCUUCGGUGGACGCGAUGGCGGACGCGAUGGAGGACGCGGCGGCGGCUUUGGUGGACGUGACGGUGGCCGCUCUGGCGGCUUCGGCGGACGUGACGGCGGUCGCUCCGGUAACUUCUUCGGUGGACGCGACGGCAAACGCGACGGUGGACGCAGCAGUUUCGGUGGUGACCGAAGAGGAGGAGGCAGCUUCGGAGGUCGCAGCGAGCGAUCUUCCCGCCCGGACUUUGACUUCUAA